UGCGCGGGUGCAAACCGCAUCGGAAUAAUCGGCGUCUGUUUUUCUCUUUUUUAUUUCUUCCUUACGUUUAGGUUUUAACUAAAAUAAUAAUCAUUCUCAGUAUGCUGGGAUAAUCCCGAAAAUAUCUCCAAAUCGACCUGAUUCGUCGCAAUAAAUAUAUAGAAACCAGUGUUUUUUUUUUUUUAACCGGAGAAGGACCCGGAUGACACGAGCCCUACAUUAGACCAUCAUAUAUACACCAUCGUGUAUUUCUUCCUAUAUUAACGAUUUAUUUUUCGAUUUUAUUUGGUGAAAAAUGGACGAGAAGGUGUUUACGAAAGAACUGGAUCAAUGGAUCGAGCAGCUGAACGAGUGCAAGCAGCUCUCGGAGAAUCAGGUUAAAUUCUUAUGCGAGAAAGCUAAAGAGAUUUUAUCCAAGGAGUCCAAUGUUCAGGAGGUGCGUUGUCCGGUCACGGUGUGCGGAGAUGUCCACGGGCAAUUCCACGACCUCAUGGAGCUCUUCAAGAUCGGUGGAAAAUCGCCAGACACCAACUAUCUGUUCAUGGGCGACUACGUGGACCGAGGCUAUUACUCUGUAGAGACUGUCACACUGCUGGUGUGUUUAAAGGUUCGCUACCGAGAGCGAAUCACCAUCCUCCGAGGGAACCACGAGAGCAGACAGAUCACGCAGGUGUACGGCUUCUACGACGAGUGCCUGAGGAAAUACGGCAACGCGAACGUUUGGAAAUAUUUCACCGACCUUUUCGACUACCUUCCACUCACUGCUCUGGUGGACACACAGAUUUUCUGUCUCCAUGGAGGACUCUCUCCGUCCAUCGAUACGCUGGACCACAUUCGAGCUCUGGACCGCAUCCAGGAAGUCCCACAUGAGGGCCCCAUGUGCGACCUGUUGUGGUCGGAUCCCGACGACCGCGGUGGCUGGGGGAUCUCGCCCAGAGGAGCCGGCUACACGUUCGGCCAGGACAUCUCAGAAACCUUCAAUCACGCCAACUCUCUCACCCUGGUGUCCAGAGCUCACCAGCUGGUCAUGGAGGGCUACAACUGGUGUCACGAGCGGAACGUCGUCACCAUCUUCAGCGCUCCCAAUUACUGCUACCGCUGCGGCAACCAGGCGGCCAUCAUGGAGCUCGACGACACGCUCAAGUAUUCAUUUUUGCAGUUCGACCCGGCGCCGAGAAGAGGAGAACCGCACGUGACCCGCCGGACCCCCGACUACUUCCUGUAACGUCUCCGUGCCUGCCUCCGCGUUUUUCUUCAGCAUUAUCCCGAUCGCAGACCGAACUGUCUUUCACCAAUAAUCACCUCCUCAUUUUCUCCACCUAUUAUUCUCGCAUCUCAAUUCGUUCCAUGGACCAAAAUGUGUGCCAUCAGCAUAAUGUGGGGAGGGGGGGUUGAACACACUGACAUACACAACGACAUACACAACACACAAGUUUUAGCCAUCGUACAUCUACAGUGAUUCAAUAAAUCUUCGGUUCUCCUUGAUAUCAGUGAACUCCAUGCAGAUUCCUAUCAGUGUUCUGAAAUAAUAGUUUUCUUCAUUAGAUCAUGAUCUAUAGGAGCUUUUGGCUGGACAUUGUGGUGUAUAAUGAUGAUAUGAAUAAUAUAAUAAUCAAAACGUCGCCACGCGUAGUAUCGUGCCGAUCCGGCGUACGUCCCGAUCCGGCGAAAGUCGAAACGAACGUUGUCGAAAUGAUAUGAAGUACUUUUUGAAAAUGCACUUUCUUCCGUGGUACAAUCUUUCAGUGUUACGGCAGCAUAGGUUAUUUCGAGGCAGGUUUGUUCGUUUCGUAACUGCAUCACUGUUCCCACGUCCGCCUCCUUCGUAUCACCGAGCACUUUUUUCCUUUUCUUUCAGUUUAAAAAUGUACACCAUGUUUUUAAACGCCUGAGAUACCAGAUUAGGAGAUAAAGCUGUUUUUCUGCCUGA